CGCCCGCCUUCGGGUGGCCCGGCCCCCACGGCGCGGCGCUGCAUAGCCCAGCCCAGCCCGCGCCGGCCUCCGCCGAGGGACCAUGGGCGAUGCGCUCCUCCCGGCGCGGGGGGCUGCGGCGCACGGGCGGCGUCGGAGGAGGAUGGAGCUGAAAUACAGACAUAUGUUGACUAAGGAGUCGGAAUAAGACUGAGUCCUGCUCUGUGAUCUGCAUAUACUUGGACCAUGAACUUACUCUUUGGCUUUGUGCUUUAGGAACCUUUGUAGUAACUGUGAGAAGCUGUUGGGAAUCAUGGCAUUCUCUCCAUGGAAGCUGUCCUCUCAGAAACUUGGCUUUUUUCUGGUGACUUUUGGUUUUAUUUGGGGAAUGAUGCUUCUGCAUUUCACUAUUCAGCAGCAAACACAGCACGAAAGCAGUUCAGUCCUGCGUGAACAAAUUUUGGAUCUCAGCAAAAGAUACAUCAAAGCAUUAGCUGAAGAAAAUAAAAAUGUGGUUGAUGGACCUUAUGUUGGAACAGUGACAGCAUACGAUUUGAAGAAAACACUUGCAGUCUUGCUGGAUAAUAUCUUGCAGCGUAUUGGGAAACUGGAGUCUAAAGUGGAAAAUCUUGUACUUAAUGGAACAGGAGCAAACUCUACCAACAAUACUACCACUCCAGCUCCCAGCUUAGGAGCAGUCGAAAAGCUUAAUGUAGCAGAUCUCAUAAAUGGAGCCCAAGAACAGUGUGAAUUGCCUCCUAUGGAUGGUUUUCCUCACUGUGAAGGGAAAAUAAAGUGGAUGAAAGAUAUGUGGCGAUCGGAUCCCUGUUAUGCAAGUUAUGGUGUAGAUGGGUCCACAUGCUCCUUUUUUAUUUACCUCAGUGAGGUUGAAAAUUGGUGUCCUCGUUUACCUUGGAGAGCAAAAAAUCCUAAUGAAGAAACUGAUCAAAAGACAGUGGCUGAAAUUCGUAUCAACUUUGAUCCUCUCUACAAAAUGAUGUCGAGGCAUGAGGAAUUCAGAUGGAUGACGUUACGUAUCCGACGAAUGGCUGAUACCUGGAUCGAAGCAAUUAAAUCACUUGCAGAAAAACAAAAUUUGGAGAAUAGAAAACGAAAGAAGAUUCUUGUUCACCUUGGGCUUUUGACAAAAGAGUCCGGAUUCAAGAUUGCUGAGAAUGCGUUUAGUGGUGGCCCGCUUGGUGAAUUAGUCCAAUGGAGUGAUUUAAUUACAUCUCUCUACUUACUGGGCCAUGAUAUCAGGAUUUCAGCUUCACUGGCAGAGCUCAAGGAAAUUAUGAAGAAGGUUGUAGGUAACAGAUCUGGCUGCCCUACCCAGGGAGAUAAAGUUGUAGAACUCAUCUACAUUGAUAUAGUGGGACUCACUCAGUUUAAGAAAACACUUGGACCAUCAUGGGUGCAUUACCAGUGUAUGCUAAGAGUUCUGGAUUCUUUUGGAACUGAACCAGAAUUUAACCAUGCCCAUUAUGCUCAGUCUAAAGGCCACAAAACACCAUGGGGAAAGUGGAACCUUAAUCCCCAGCAGUUCUAUACAAUGUUCCCUCACACUCCAGAUAACAGCUUCCUUGGAUUUGUGGUAGAGCAGCAUUUGAAUUCCAGUGACAUUAAACACAUUAAUGACAUCAAAAGGCAGAAUCAAUCUCUCGUUUAUGGCAAAGUAGAUAAUUUCUGGAAGGACAAGAAGGCUUAUCUGGAUGUUAUUCACACCUAUAUGGAAGUGCAUGGAACUGUUCAUGGGACAAGCACGAUUUAUAUUCCUGGCUAUGUAAAAAACCAUGGUAUACUCAGUGGGCGGGAUCUGCAGUUUCUACUGAGAGAAACCAAGUUGUUUGUUGGUCUUGGAUUUCCCUAUGAAGGGCCUGCUCCUUUAGAGGCUAUUGCUAAUGGUUGUGCUUUUCUGAACUUAAGAUUUAAUCCACCAAAAAGUAGCAAAAACACAGAAUUUUUUAAAGGCAAGCCAACACUCCGAGAGCUAACAUCUCAGCAUCCCUAUGCUGAAGUUUACAUUGGGAAGCCCCACGUUUGGACUGUAGACAUCCAUGAUCUUUCUGAAGUGGAGAAGGCUGUGAAAUCAAUUUUGAAUCAAAAGAUUGACCCUUAUUUGCCCUAUGAAUUUACCUGCGAGGGAAUGCUUCAGAGGAUGAAUGCAUUUAUUGAAAGACAGGAUUUCUGUCAUGGGCAAGUGAUGUGGCCCCCACUAAGUGCCCUUCAAGUGAAAAUUGCUGAACCUGGAAAAUCCUGUAAACAAGUUUGUCAGGAAAGCCAGCUCAUUUGCGAGCCUUCCUUCUUCCAGCAUCUUAACAAGGACAAAGCUCUGCUUAAGCAUAACAUCGAAUGUCUCACCGUUGAGUCUGCAAAUGAUAUUGUGGUCCCCUCUUUUGACGGAAGAAGGAAGCACUGUGUUUUCCAAGGUGACCUCUUACUGUUCAGCUGUGCUGGAUCCCACCCGACCCACAGAAGAAUCUGCCCAUGCAGGGACUACAUUAAGGGACAGGUUGCGCUGUGUAAAGACUGCCUAUAGCAGCAGCAGGGCUUCUUUUGAGUAUAGGACAAAAUGCACACCAGUCAUAAAUUGAGAAAAUUGAAGAGUUUGAAUUCAAACUUCCUUUGAAGCAGCACAUUAAAUCUUUGACACCACUUUCUUUUUGUAGAGGUAACUAUGGUUCUUCUCAGCAGAAGGUGGCACGCUUGGCAGCACCAUUUGUAGACAGGAAACAAUUUGCUAAGGUCAGUGAGAAACCAGUCCGUGGUGUAUUUUGAAAGCAGUCAUAGUCAGCACUUUGGGAGGUGAACGUGUUCUUUCUGUGUUGGAAAAAACUCCAUUAGCAUGAAGGGUUUUUUUCAUGAAAAUGACCGUUACUGAGUAGCCAUGAAAAGCAUAGAAACUUGUGUUUUCCCAUCUCUUGACCUACCAAAGACCAUUGGAGGGAACUGCUUUUUAAUCCUGGAUAAAUUUUUAAAACAAGGGAGCCGAAAAUUGUUAAGUUUCAAUGUGAAAACAGCAAAUUACCUUUUUCCAAUUGGUUUCCUGCCUCAGCACUCCUGAUGGUGUUACACUGUAACACUCCAUACAUAGGACUGCUGAGAACUCAGGACUGUAAUCCUGAGGCUGUUGGGCGGCCACAAGGCUGUGUGGGAAUGUUCAAGUUCCUGGGAUGCCAGGAAAAAUCUGCUGUAUCUUAGAGUAAUUUUCCAAAAGCAGAAUAACAGGGCCCUUUAAUGAGGCAAACAUUUUGUGUGAGAAAAAAAACACAACUAGUAUGAGCAUUCUUUCUUAGCAUAUCUCAGCAUUUGCUUCAGUCAACAGAAGCGUAGUUUGCAAUAGUUUUAAUACCCCAGCAGAGCUGGAGGAGGAUUCAAAAUGGUUCUGAGCAGAUGCAACAGUUCAUUUUGUGUUUAUAUCACCUAUUCCCCACAUAGCUGUGCAUAUUUAUGCAACUGGAAAGCCCUGUAUAUUAAUGGCAGUGUGUAUUUCUACCUGGUGCUGAAUGUGGGGGCAACAGCAGAGAUUUGUCUCUCCUAGUUCAGCCUGAGGUUCCUCAGGCAGGAUUUUAAUUCAGAAUGACAUAUCAGAGAAUUACAUCGGAAACAAAGAUGUGGAUGUGUGCACUUACAAAUGCAAAACACGUAGUUUUUGUUGCAGUGUAAUUCUUGCUGUAAAUACGUAUUUGCUUGACUCCCACCGCUGUAUGGUCCACAUGGCAUACUGCAUUUUAUUUUGCCUCUAAGCUUUUAUAGAUGGGGAGGGUUUUGGUAUUUGUUAUUAUAAGAUUUUCUGGUCUAGUGCUUUGCUCAAUGGUAAGUCUGCAUUUACCACAGCAGGGAGAGUCUAUUAUAAGCUGUUUUUUUUUUCAUGCUGUAGCACUAUUUCUCUCUUAGCCUACUGAGCUGAAUUACCGCAUACUGGCAAAAGUGAAACAGCAAACACUGGUGCCGCUGGCAUUUCAGCCACGGACAGGAUAUCUAAAUCCAGUUUCAGGAUCAUUUGGGUCUGAUUCUAUUUCCACUGAAAUCUAUAGAGAAUGAGUCCUUAAUCUUAAAGAAAAAAGAAUCAAGAGCUAUAGUCUCACAGGCCUGCGUUGUUAACUUAACACACAGUAGCUGGACCUCUUCUUUCAGAAGUGUUACUUUUAUGAAAUACAGCUUCAAUCAAAUUUCUGUAAAAGAGAUCCUCUAAGAACUGUGAGUGAACAAACUGUAGUGUGCUGAUGUUUCACUCUCCAUCACAGAGCCGUGUUGCCCAUGCAUCAGUAAAUCAUGCAGAGCCCUUCUGCAGAUAAGCACUCAGGCAAAUCCAGGUGGGACUAUUACAGUUUUGAACAAUUUAGUAACGUGUAAAAAAUCCCCAUGUUAGAACAGAGGCCAGCCUUCUGUCCAAGUGUCAGAACUAUUUUCCUUCCUAGUGAAAGAGUAAAGGUGGAGUCACAAUAUUCCACUUGGGUUCCUUGAGGUGGGGCCAGGCCGCAGAGCUCAGUGCGCCAGUAAGGCCUGCAGCUCCUUCUGCUCUGAAAUCAGAAGUCAGGUUUUUGCAUGACUUGGCAGUGGAAUAUAUUGACCGGUGGUUGGUGGGGGAGGAAAAAUGUCAAAAGUUGCAUAGAAGAAGGUUUUACAAGCUUUUAAUCAUAACUCUCAUAUCAAGACAUUCUUUGUUUUAAAAUUUUGUAUUUUUGUAUGUGACCUAGUUUUUUCAAAAAAUGUUGUUCCUAUGAGAUUAGAAAACUUGAGAGAAGCAUUUACAUAUUUAUUAACAUAAAAUUAUGGCUUGCCUUUGAAAGGUAAAGUUGGUAAAUACACACUGUUUAAAAAUGCCAAUAAAAACCUCAUUUAUUUCAUAUAUGCAAGUUGAUUUGCACAUGUAUAAAUAGAGUUGCUUUUUUGCAUUUUUUGCUUAGUUUCUUUUUGUGCUUUAUAGUCGCAGCUGUGUUUGUUUAUAGCAGAUUGUUUCUCCUACAAAUAUUUAAUGUUUAUGUGCCUUUUUUUUUCUUUACUUUGGGGUUUGGAUGGCUGCUUUUAAUGUGGACACUGUCUGAACAAAUAUAUUGGAACACUAACUGCAGGUAAAACCCAGUGCUUGGUCACUGUAUAUCUGUUAGCAGAACAAAUUCUGAAUGUUUUGAAAUAGCAGGAAGAUCUGCUUUAAAAACAUAAGGGUUAAUAAGAUAAAAGAUACCCAAACAUCACUGAUUCUUACCAAAAUUUGCUUCUGCUAGUGAAAUGCCUUUUACUGAAUGUCUGUAAUUGGACAUGAAUGCUUCUGCUGGGACAGAUGUCUGUGUAAAGACAGAGAGCAAACUGCACCCACUGCAUUCUCCUGGGUGAUAGUGCUAACAAAAAACCUGUAGGAAUAGUCACACCUAAUUUGAUUAAGUGGAAGAAUUAAGAUCUGCACUGGAUUUGGGAGGCACUUGGUUUUUCACAUACAAGUGUGUUCAGAUGGAAGUGCACAGGGUGACUCCUGGUGCUCCUACCAUGCAGUCCUUUAUAUCCAAAUGUAUGAGUGCAUAUCCAAAUGUAUCAGCCUCAGUGGAGAGGGAAUUCUGGCUGUUCAUCUGACUGCAGAAAUCUCUAUUUUCAUUUCUGUGAGGAUAUUUUGUCUAACAGCUGCUGCUCCAGGUUCAGCAGCGCAGGCUUGAGGACAGAGCCAGAUUUCUGUGCACUCCCUGCUCAGCUCUGCUGCAAACGCUCGCAGCUGUUUGUAACUUGCUCACUGACAGGUGCUCAGACUUGUCCAAAAUUACCGUCAGGUGCAAGUGAGGCUGUUCACCAAUGUCUUCUCUCCUUGCUUAAUCACAUUGUUCUGACCUUUAAAUCCUCCCGUGUGUCCUUGGGUUGUCCCCUAACUAAAGGCAUGCCUCCCUUCUCAGAAAUGAGCGUCCCCUCUAAAUUACAAAGAUGGGUUACAAGCUGCUACUUACUCAAAAUAAACAAAAUUCAAGUUGCUUUCUUAGGCAUGUAUUUUGUUCACAGUGCAUUUCAGGACCAGAUUUUACUCCAGUGAAAAGGAAAGGGGAUAAAUGAGGCUGGGUACAAUUCUCAUCCAAGUAAUUAAUUUCACAACUCCCACUGGCCUCACUGGUAGCAGGACUCCCCCAUUAAUUUCUCUUCAAAUUAAAGAAAACAGCUCUCCCUUUUUGAUAAAGCACCAUCCUACAGAUAAAGACUAAACCCUUGCAGGUUAUGCUGUGCAUGUUACCAGCAGCCAGUUUUGCUUGCUGCUAUAGCAUUUAUCAUCACUAAGUUGGUGUGACUCACCAUAAUAGUAUUGGUUCAGAACCUGGUUAAAUAACUGUCCGCUCUGCAUUUUGGAGUGCUAGAGUCUAGUUUUGUUUUGAUUGUUUGUUUUAAAGAGAAUAUCAGUUACCAUUUUCGACUUUAAAGCCUUUUUUUGAGGGGUGCUAACUUUUUGCCAUGGCUCUGUGUGACAUUUUUCCUGCAGCUGCUUUGCCUUCAGCUUUUGACUUAGGAUUGGUUUCCAUUUGUGGUUCUCCUUUUCCCCAACAGUUCAGGCACCACU